AUGGCUAAUUCCAAUGAACCCAAUUUUGCUCAAAGUCAACCAUCUCCUUCCAGUAAUAACAUUGAGAGUGAAACACCUAGAAACUUCAUGGUACAACAGCAGAGCCCGCCAAUCACCCAACCGGUACCGCAACAAUCACAAAUCCAACAAUUGAACAGGCAAUCUUCUAGUAUAUCAUCUUAUCCGUCAAACUAUUCUAACUUCCAAUAUGAUCAAUAUUCAACUACAUAUUCGCUCCCCGUAUACACAUACCCUCCUGAACAGUAUCAAAACCAGUUGUACACUCCAUAUCAAGCUAUGAAUUUGGCCCAACCUUCGGUUUACUCGCAAUAUACAACACCGCAACAAUCUCUACAACGCCAACAGUCACAGCAAUCGUUGCCAUUGCCUCCUAGAGCACGAACAACAGAGGAGAACGUUGUUGGUAAGACAAGUGAUAACAAAGACAAGACAUAUUCCUUCUCUCAUGCCUAUCUUGUACAACCACAGGCCAAGUCUAUGGGGCCGUCUUACCCGCCUCAAAUACCCGCAUAUGGCCAGUUUUCAGAUCCGAAACCAACAAACAGCGAAGCUAGAAAACCUACAAUGUCACAUGUUGCGUCAUCUAACCAUAUCAACAAAUCAGUUUCGCUAAUCGAUAAAGGCAAUAAUAGGCAUAUCAAACUAGAUUAUAGUAAAAUUGAUAGAUUGACGUAUGAGCUAUCACAGAAUAUGCUAUUGCCACCAUUUAAAAGUAUUAAACCAAAUAAAGAGUCAUUGAGGGAGCAAAAACCGAAAAGAUCCAAAAGAAAAUCCAAGUUUAGUAAAGAACAGGAUGAAAUUAUAUUACGUUUGAAGAAAGAGAAUAAAAAUUGGGUUGAAAUAGCAGAAGCCGCCAAAGUUGACAGUUACUUAGCCGCUAGGAAUAGAUAUCAAGUUCUAAUUGGCCAGCAGGGUGGUAGUGCUAGUGACUGUGGGCCUGAUGAUGUUCUAACGUUGAAAACAUUACUUGAUGAUGGUGAAAUUGAGAAAAUGAAGUACUUGACUAAGGAGUUCAGAAAAUGUACUGGUAAGUCUUGUGACUACAGGCAAGUUAGAGAAUUAAUCAGGUAUUUGUUCUGGAAGGAAGCUGGGCAGUUUGACGUUGGUGUCAACUACUUAGAAGAGCUACAACAGAAGCGAUCUGCGAGACAUGAAGAGUUUGGAGAAACCGACGCAGAGUAUGACAGUGAUGAGGACGACCACGAUGAUGGUGAUGAUGGUGAUGAUGAUGAUGAUGAUGAUGAUGAUGACAGAGAUGAUGGUUGUGAUAUUGGAGGACCAAAUGUCACAAAUGAGGAAGCAAUUUGUAAUUCGCACGUUGGUUCGGUUGGCGAUUCAAAUGGCUCUGCAAAUGACGAUACUCUAGGUGAAAUUGGCAAAGAUUCAAGUCUCAGUAACAACGAAGUCAGAGAGUCUCCUCGAAUAUAG